GUAGAGAAGGAGAAGCCGGCGCUGACCUCAUGUCCGCUUCUAGUUUCACUUACCUGUCAGGCGGUUGACCUGACCUCGCACCGGUUUUAGUUCGACAACAGUCCGCCUCUCUCGGACGGGGGCAAUGUGCUGAUCCAAGCUCCGCUCAGUUAAUCGUAUCCCGAGGAGCCCUAUAUCAGUGCGUGCUGCGGACAGCAUGCUGGCGGUGGGAGCCAUGGCCACACUCUCUCUAGGUCUGCAGAGACUGGGAUGCUCCAUGUUUAGACCAGCCAGUCUCCAUAAGUGUGUCUCCAGCCGUGGCAUUCACAGUCUGGCUCGCACCACAGGACGCACAUAUCCAGAGCUGCCGAGACUUGCGCUUCUGUGCAGAACACGAUUUCCGAAUGUAAGAUCUCUGACGUCCGUUCCUCCACCGCCCUCGUCCAGAGGGAGCAGCUCUCCCGAUAAGAAGUCUGGCCCAGUAACAUGGAAGUCUCUUGCUGUCACACUUGCCUUGGGUGGAACUCUUCUUUUGGGGAUGAAAUUCCUUAAAAAUGAGAGAGAGCAAAUGAUUGAGAGAGAAAGAACAAAGUCUUUGGGGAAACCAGCUCUUGGAGGCUCAUUCGUUCUUAUUGAUCACAACGGCAUGCCUUCAAAAAGUGAAGACUUCCUCGGCCAGUGGGUGCUGAUCUAUUUCGGGUUCACGCAUUGUCCAGACAUCUGUCCUGAUGAACUGGAGAAGAUGAUCACAGUCGUGGAUGAGAUUGACAGUAUAAAGACGCUCCCAGAUUUAACACCAAUUCUGAUCACAAUCGAUCCAGAGAGAGAUACACCAAAGGCUUUGGCAGAAUAUGUGAAAGAGUUUUCGCCAAAGCUGAUAGGCUUGACAGGAACAGUUGAACAAGUCGAACAGGUUUCCAGAGCCUACAGAGUAUACUACAGCCAGGGCCCACGAGAUGAAGACAACGACUAUAUUGUUGAUCAUACCAUCAUUAUGUACCUGGUGGGCCCAGAUGCCAAGUUUGUGGACUACUAUGGACAGAACAAGAAAGCAGCUGAGAUCUCCUCCUCCAUUGCUUCACACAUGAGGAAACUAAGGAAGGCCAAUUAGCAUCCCUGGAAAUGGCUCUUUCUGGAGAUGCACCUCCAUCUGAUCUUCUUGCUUUGCAGAACAUUCUGGACCAAUGCAUUCUUUUUCACUUUUUGUAUUUUACUUCCUAUUUAGGCAGACUAUUUAUGAAUACACAACCUUGAAUUCUUUCUCCUCAGCAGUUCUGUUGCAGAAAAAUAAAUAACCAGUUUUAAGUUGGCUUAAAGAUUUCCUUUGUUGUUUCUCUAAAGAAUAUGGAUCUUCAAAUAAAAUAAGGUGUCUAUCAA